AUUUUAUGUCAAGGUAACAAUUGCUUUUUGAUGGCGACUUGUGCAGUCGCAACCGACGCCAAUGCGUCCGUGGCCGAUGCAACACCUCUGCUUCUGCCUCGAUCCCGACGCAGUUGCUCGCCUGUCGACUGGAAAGAGCUGCGCUCAAUCGCCACCGAAGUACAGCGGGCGCUCGAUGCGUCCGACAAGAUCGAGCCCCAUGAAGAGUUCGAGAGCGUGUUCGCGAUGUGGCAGGCAGAAUUAGGCGAUGCGCCCAAUAACAUCGACGAAGAGAAUGUAGAGGAGGCAGCAACCCAGCAACCCAGGAAAGAGCUCACCUGGUACGCCAGUGCUCACAAGUACUGGGACGACGAGGCCAAUUGCCCCUUGACAGACAACGGCGUUCUGGGAGGAUUCGCUCACGUCUCAGGUGUCGAUAUCCGCGAGUCCAGGCGGUUCCUCAAGCACGUUCGAGACACGGUGCGACCCGAGUGGGUCUGUAAUGCAGCAGCGGACUGUGGCGCCGGCAUCGGUCGCGUGAGUAAACUGCUGCUACUGCCCAUGUUCGACCAUGUGGACAUGGUGGAACAGAGUCCAAGACUGCUACGAGGUGUACCGCAGUAUCUUGGAGCGGACGAGACUCUGCGAGCUCGUGUGAGGGACCUGUACUGCAUGGGGCUGCAGGACUUUGAACCGGCGGCUGCAAGCUAUGACCUCAUCUGGAUGCAGUGGGUGCUGGUGCAUCUCACAGAUCUCGACCUCGUACGGUACUUGAAGCGAUGCAAGAAGGCUCUCACCCCGAACGGCUUUAUUGUGAUCAAGGAGAACGUUUUUCAGACUUCUGAGCCCUACGACCUCGACCGGGACGACAGCAGCAUCACACGCUCUGCUGUGUAUUACAAGAGUAUUUUCCAACAGGCUGGACUCACGUUGCUCGCGGAGCGGAGACAACGACACUUUCCGGAAGAACUCUAUCCGGUUAAAAUGUACGCGCUAGCUUAGCAGCAAAAUUCGACUGUGUGUCCAUUCUAUCUAAGCCUUCAGUCCUGCCAGCACUUUGUCGAGCUGCUUGCGGUCGGAGACGUACACAACGUCUUUGGAUUUCACCUUGGAUUUGGUCUUGGAUUUCGCUUUCUUUGCUGUGUCGUUACUGCCCGUCACCCGUUCAGUUGGUACUAGUGCCAGCUUAGUCGCCUUGUCAC